AUGGCACCUCCCACCUCCACGCGGCCCGACGGGCAACUCAAUAUAAACCUCUCAGGGUUGACUCCCAUCAGCGAACCUCCUUCAGUGCCCACCAGCAAAUCCCCUUUCGGUGGUGCAAAAUCCUCCUCGGGACUGGCCGGCCUGUCUAAUGCAAGAGUAGGAGCUGGUUCUCCUCUUCACGAACAAGCCUCUCGCCUCUUUCCCAAACGUACCCGGGAGCUGCAGUCUCAGACUUCUUUAACCCCUAAUAUCUGGGGACCUCCAACCAGUGGCACAUCAACCCCUCUGUUCGAGAUUCCGGAAUCUCCCAACCAGGAUGGUUUCCCAGAUUUGGUGCCCCUGACCGAGACUGGGAUCAACAGUCCCGCGAGGCGAGGACGAGCCGGCACCCUACCCUCGAGAAUAUCCCCGGUCGGGACGAUCAACGGGGUGAAUGUCCUGACAUCCAAGACUUCUCGACCAACCCCUUCCACGAGCCCCUUUCGACCCGGUUCAACAUCCGCUGCCGAAACCGCAUUCUACUCGACCGCAUCUAACCAAGCCAACCCGGGAACUUCGGCUCUUCUAUCCAGACUUCGUGCCGGGAGCAUGCCUCAGCGUUCAAGCCUGCUCGGUCCUUCUGGCCCCUUUGGGCAGAACGCGUUUAGUUCCAGCUGGGGAACAAGAACUAGGGCGGCCACUCUGACAAGUAUCAGUUCUGCCGAUGAUCCGACGUCUCCUCAGCCAUCUGGAUACUCCAAGGAUGGCAUGUCAGACUCCGGGGUCCGCACGCUUGACUAUCUUGGACUUGCUGAACCUCCACAGCAUUCGAAACCUGAUAGUCUUCGGCAGGGUGUGGAUGAGUCCGCCCGUCCUCAAGAUCCCAACUUGUCCGAUGUGUUGGCUGGCUUUGGAAUGCGUAACUCUAGUCGAUUCAGGUCAUUUUCUGUCAACACGCAGUCCAAAUAUGCAACUGAAGCUCAAGAGGGCGGCAAUAACUUUCCGCUAUUCGCUAGUGGGACGUUGACACCCUCGGCGGCAGCGGCCCUGGAAGCCGAAUAUGAGUUGGUCCAGGAGAAGGUUCGCCUGCAUAACCAAGCCGUUCAAGCGUUCGCUGUGAAUGCCAGUGCUGCGCGCCCACGAGCUCGAACUGCCGGACUGGUUGAGACACCUCAGCGCACAUCACUCCGCAACUUAGCCCAGCCACCAGCGGACAACCUUGGUAUGGCUUUCGAUAUGCAAGGAUCGAGUGCGAUGGAUCAGUCUACUCUUGCAGACACGCUGCAGAAUCUGUCCAUCGCCGAAAACGUGACCUUGUCAUAUGAGAGCGUGGACGAAUCUGAAGUCCAGGUCUCUCGAUCCCUAUGGAUAGGCUCUAUCCCGAAUUCGACCACAAUGUCCUCACUGGAUGCUAUCUUCAAUCGGUACGGCCCGAUAGAAUCAACCAGAGUUCUCACUCAUAAAAAUUGCGGUUUUGUCAAUUUCGAGUCGGUCGAACAUGCCGUCCGUGCCCGACAGCUGCUCAAUGGGAAAGAAAUCUUCCCUGGCGCCGGCCCCGUUAGAAUUGGAUUCGCAAAGGCUCCAAAUGCAUCUGUCUCCUUGACUCCUGUGCAAAACACCACCCCUCCACCUGGGGCCAAUGGAAGUGCCGAAGCAGAAACAUCGCAAGCGAAGGAUGCCACCGGCAGCCCUACCGGCUCCAUGAACAUGCAGCAAACGCUUAAUUUGCCAGCCCCCGACCGCCUGACGGAGCUGCAACCGGAAAUCCUGCAAAUUGUGCUUGACUUUGGCGGGCAACAGUCGGAUUUACCCAACAUCUCUGCAAAUAUUGAGAGUGCCAUUUGUUACAAUCGCCUUGAGAAAGAGAUUGCUUCUAUUCCAGAACCGAGUUCCACGAGAAUGUAUGAUGCACCAAGGCUCCGAGACAUACGCAAACGAAUCGACAAUGGAGCCUGCGGACUGCAGGAGAUCGAGCAGAUCGCAAUCGACAUGUUACCUGAAAUUGCGGAAUUGUCUUCGGACUAUCUUGGUAACACUGUCGUCCAGAAGUUCUUCGAAUAUUGCUCAGAGCAAACUAAGGAACAAAUGCUGACGUGCAUCGCACCUCAUCUUGCUGAAAUCGGAGUGCACAAGAAUGGUACCUGGGCCGCCCAGAAGAUCAUCGAAGUUUGCAAGACCGAAACACAAACUCGAAUGAUUGUUGACUCGCUUCGUCCUUACACAAUACCUCUUUUCCUCGACCAAUAUGGCAAUUAUGUUCUUCAAUGCUGCCUUCGGUUUGGGCCGCCAUAUAAUGACUACAUCUUUGAGACUAUGCUUAGUCAACUUUGGGAGAUUGCCCAAGGACGAUUCGGAGCCCGGGCAAUGCGCGCCUGUUUAGAGGCUCAUCAUGCGACAAAGAACCAACAGCGGAUGAUGGCUGCAGCUAUUGCUUUGCACAGUGUACAGCUUGCUCAGAACGCCAACGGCGCACUGUUAUUGACUUGGCUGCUCGAUACCUGCACCUUCCCUCGUCGACGCUCAGUUCUGGCACCGAGAUUGAUCCCUCACCUCGUUCAACUCUGCACGCACAAGGUUGCAUAUCUUACUGUUCUCAAGAUCAUCAAUCAACGAAACGAGCCUGAUGCUCGGGAUAUGGUUCUGAAUGCCCUUUUUUUCAGCCCGAAUGACAGUGUGCUUGAACAGAUUUUGUGCGACCAAACCUCUGGUGUGACCCUGAUCUUCAAGAUUCUGACGACACCGUUCCUCGACGACAACAUGAGGCCAGAGGUUGUCCAAAAUGUCUCCAAAGUACUUACCAAGAUAAAGGCUCAACCGAACCAAGGCUACAAGAGAAUCAUGGACGAAGUUGGGCUGUCGUCUAGACCUAGUCAACCGGUAGUGCAACAGUAUCCUUCCCAUGGACACCCGAACGUGAACGAUCGAACCCGACCGUUGGCUCAACAGCAACAUGUCCCAUUAAACGGAUUGCAGCAGCAAAACUUUCCCCAGCGACAAUACAGCGGCAGCUUCGUCCCCAACGGCAGCAACUUUGAGAACGGUCUGAGCCCAAUCCGGACUGGUUCUGCCGACUCGUUCGGCUUUGCGCCUUACACGAUGAACGGGUUUCAGUCACAGCAGCAAUACUCCCAGCUUGCCUAUCAACAAAUGACUCCCCAAUCUCAGUAUCAAAAUUUUCCUGCUGCAGCGCCGCCACAACGAUCCAACAGUGGAUAUCUGCCCAAUGGUUUUGCUGGUUAUGCAACACCCCCUGCGGCGGUCGAUCCUUUCCGCCCGUUGCAGAACCCGUCGUCUUCACCUCUUUCCUUCUCCGCACAAAUGAGUCCCGUUAUAGGCUCCAGCGGUUUCCCUCCGCAGAACUUCCAGCAGAAUAUGCCUUCCAACAUGUACAAUUACCCUCAACAACAAUUUUUCUUCUCCCCACCGAUGCAGACGGUUCAUUCUGGAGGACGAGGGCGUCGGGUAUGUGCGAUCUUUCUGCCACUCUGA